AUGCGGACGGUGCCAAACAUAAUCGUCACCGGCACACCAGGUGUAGGCAAGACCACACACUGUGAAACUCUCGCCCAAAGCACCGGCCUCAAGCACCUCUCUGUCAACAACGUUGUCAAAGAACGCGGCUGCCACGAUGGCUACGAUGAGGAGUUCAAGAGCUGGAUUGUGGACGAAGAUAAGUUACUGGAUGCAAUAGAAGACGAGGUCAAGCAGGGAGGAUACAUUAUCGAUUGGCAUGCUUGCGACUUAUUCCCCAAGAGCUGGAUUGAUCUUGUUGUUGUGCUGCGUGUAGACUCGACGCUUCUCUAUGACAGAUUGAAAGCUAGAGACUACCCCGAAGCCAAACUGCAAGAGAAUCUUGACUCGGAAAUCAUGCAGGUCCUGUUGCAGGAAGCGCGCGACUCGUACGACCAUGAGAUAGUAGUCGAGCUCACGAGCAACACAAGCGAUGAGAUGGAGAGCAAUAUCGAACGACUGGAGGGCUGGAUUAAGCAGUGGAUGAAGGACAAUGCGCAGUAG